AUUAGCAGACAGACCGAAAAACGAAGUCAAGUCAAGACUCGGGGGGUAACGGAGUUUGGGACUUACCGUUUCAGUUAUUAGACAACAAUCGCGUGAUGUGUCUUGUGUGUUCACUGUGAUGGGAAAAAAAUGUGGAAUGGAACAAAGGUGUUAAAUUGGAUUUUUUCUUUAACUACUCAAAACCUUCUAGUAGCGUUUAAGAUAUCCGUUGGUGCCUCAAGUAUACUGUAUGGAUACUUUUUUGGGUAUCCUGUUGCAGUGCUUUUUCUUUCAUCAUGUCUUGUUGCCUUCAAACUCCCUGUACUCAUUGUCUACUUCAACCAACUUCUUUUAGGGGCUGAGAGAACUAACUUACCAGAAAUCAAGCAGAAACACAAAUUCCGUACUAAGCCUUCUUCUCCAUACUUUAUAGUUGAUGGUGGCACUAUUUCAUGUGAUGUAAACGAAGCUUUAGAAAGAUUCCUUGAUGGCAUUUUGGAAAAAUUUGUUAUACACUGGCACUCAGCAUUAGAUGUUAAAGAGGAUGAAUUUGUCAAUGAAGUACGCCACAUAAUUAAAUUUAUGGUUGUCAGGUUACACCAGCUACUUGAUGAAAUUGACUUUCCUAAAUUGCUAAUUAAAAAGAUUAUUCCAGCAUUUUUGUGGCAUUUGGAAUGUUUCUCUACUGGCCUUGAAAGAAGUCAUUCCAUAGAAAUUGAGAAAUAUGUCUUACAGUGUUUUGGAGAAAAUCUUCAUCCAGCAAUUUCUAGUAGACAAACAGAAGAAGUAUAUUUGAAACACUGCUCAGAGCAAAUCCUCAAAGAUCUUCUUCCAAAUGAACUCAAAUCGAGCAAGUUACUAUCUAUUUUAGUACGCGAUAUUCUCAGCUGCCAGGUUCUUCAACAUGCCAUGGAUGCAUUAGCGAAUCCCGAGAAUAUCAACCGAUUAAUGAUUGUGUGCUUAGAUGAAUAUAGUACUAUGUUAUUAGGAAGUCAAGCCGUGGAAUCGGACCCCGGUGUUCAAAUAUUGAACAAUUUUACAAAUAAUUGUCAACCCAAUACCAAAGACCUGUGUUUGUACCCUAGUCUUUCAUCGAUUCUGAAAACACCGCCGCACUUGUACCAACUGAUGCAGUUUUUAAAACGAAUAAACACCCUCAAGUAUCUACAAUUUUGUUUUGCUGUUGAUGAGUUUAAUGAAAAACUGUUGAACCCUGAUCUCAAGCCGGAGCAAAUGAAACGGUUACAGCUAAUGGGACAAAAGAUGUUUGCAAUGUAUUUCUGUCAUUCGUCGCCAGACUGCAUUGGAUUUGAAAACGAAUCGAAGAAUCAAAUGAAAUCAAUUGUUUAUGCAAGCGCCACCGAAAUUGUGCGCUUGAGAACGAGCUCUACUUUAUUUCAGGCCUACGACUAUGUAAUGGACAUCUUGGAGACUAAAAUUUUGCCUCGUUUUUACCGUAGUCCUGAGUUUUACCAACUAGUCACUGACGCACAACAGUCAGGAGGUUCUUCGAAAAGCACCAAAAAAAAAGAAGCUGUGUCAACUGGAUGGGGUAAGAAGCUACGGGCUGCGUUACGCCCAAGCUGGUUAGCAGCAGAUGCUAAACUAGCUUCACUGGAACCAGAAGAUGAAAAUUACGAUACAGGAAUUGAUUUGACUGAGGCAGAUUUUAUUGCAGAUGAUGUUGAUGCAGACGAUCGAGGUGCCUAUGCGGAUCUGAUUCCGGUUUCCGGGAGAGACCUGACAGCUUGGAAAACGUCCAUUCCACGCGUAGUAUCGGCCGUCGAUUCAGCUGGUAAAGCCAUAUGGGGUUUUGAAGUAGAAAUCCAAAGAGGUGAUAUAAGGCCGGAGGACGAUCCCGAAGAGUAUCACUGGACUGUAAUUCGAACCUAUCUCGAGUUUUUUCACUUGGAGAGCAAGCUUACCGAGUUUCAUGGGGAGUUUGUCACCAAUCGCCUUCCCCCGAAAAAGAUGUUUGGGACCAGAAGCAUGGCUUUUUUGGAAAGCGUUCGAGUUGAAUUCGAAACCUUUUUACGAACUUUACUUCAUCAACCAGCUUUGAAAGGAAGUGAUCUUAUUUUCUCAUUCCUUACUCUAUCUGAUCUUUCGGCAUGCCAAGCCAUCGGCGAUAGUUCAGUGAUAGGAUCCAAUUUGCUUCCCGACUUGGGGUUUAGUCGUAUGAUGCGUAACGUGCGACACGUUCCUAUGAAGUUGCGGAAAGAAAAGGGGCAGGAUUUAGAUAGUUUUCUUCAGACCUUCAUAGCAUCAACAGAGGCUCCAAAACCUAAACCAAGCAAAGUUGAAGUCCGAGAUAUUUCUGGUGAAGUUUCCUUGCCUGUUAUCAAAGAACUACACCCGGUGUUUAAAGAUAACGCUAAAUCUUUCCUUUCACAAGACGGCCUCUCUAGUCGUGGUACAGCUUCUCGUGCAGUGUGUAUUCCAACAAUUUGCAGCCCGUACGAUUGCGUGUUAUUUGCAGCUCUGAAAAUAUGGCGAGUUCCUCAAUUAUUGUGGAGUGUGCUCGUGGGUCUUCGUUCUCUAUUGAGCGUCUACUUUGAUGCGUAUGCCCGGAACUACUUCCGGGCUAAGUUUUAUAGUGUUAUCCAGCCAGCGAAAGUUACACUGGCUAUAAAGUUGCUGCAUGAAACCGUCCUUAACCAAAGUUCUUCCGAAAGCAGUAACAAGGUUGAGUAUAGACAGGCAGCAUGGAAAUCUAUCGUCAAAAGUAUCCCUUCGUGGAUGAAAAACAUUUUCGGGGUCCACGCCAUAGAAAAUAGAUGCGACUUGAUAUUUCAGUGUCUUCAAUUUCCCGUCCUGAACAAGCAAAUCUCUUACGUGGUACUAGACAUCGUGUUGAAUGAAACCUUUCCCGAAAUCUUUUCAAAUGAUGCCACCGACCCCUCUUCACCAUAAUAAUAUCCGUGUACACCCAUGACCAUUGGUUCUCUUCACCACAAUUCUACUUGUAUAUUUUGAUGAAUUAUUUUGUACUGUUGACUUGUUAUCUCGAUUAGAAAAGUUGUCAGCUACCCA